AUGCCUCAACAAUAUCUUAGUACUUGGUGUCGAAAAUUACAUGCUGAAUAUUUUACAAAAUCAAUACUAAUGAUAUAUGAUCCGCGUUAUAUAUUAUUAAAAGUAACUGCAACAACAAUAUGUGGUUCUAAUCCAUAUCUAUGUAAUGAAACAGUGGUUUAUAUGCAUGAUGAUGAUAUACUUGGUCAUGAAUUUAUGGGAAUAAUUGCCCAGAUCGAUCUUUCCGACCACCGGAUACUGCAGGAACCGUUAGGAAAUUUCGGGAAAAAUCACCGUGAACUACUAUGUGGACAAGCUAGUUAUAUUCGAGUACCAUUUGCUGACAUGAAUUGUUUACCAAUACCAAAUGAUGUACCAGAUGAUAAAGCUCUUUAUUUAUCAGAUAUUAUUCCAACAGUAUAUCAUGGAUGUCACAUUGCAAACGUUAAAGAAGGUUCAAUUGUUGCUAUUUGGUGUCUUGGUUCUAUUGGUUUACUUCAAACACGUUGA